AUGGUAUAUGACAAUUCAUUUGGCUCCGCGUUCGCCGUUGAACCGCAGCAUCCAUCCCCUCCUCUCGCCGUCAUGUCCAAGCGUAUUCGUAUCUACACAGUGGAGGACGUGGCCGUGCACUCGUCGUCGUCAAGUUGCUGGAUCUCGCGCGGGGGCAAGGUUUACGACGUAUCCAAAUUCCUGGACGACCACCCUGGAGGCGACGACCUGAUUCUCCAGUAUGCCGGCAAGGACGUGGAGGAGGUUAUGAAGGACAAAAUGGAACACGAGCACUCGGAUUCGGCGUACGACAUGUUGGACGAGUAUCUGAUUGGAAGGAUUGGGACAGGGGAGGCAACGGUCAGCGAUGACUGGGAAGCUACAGACGAUUUCCAUCCAGACGAGACUGAUGAGGACAGGGACUUUGAGAAAAACCAAUUCUUGGACCUCCGCAAGCCCUUGCUCCGGCAAGUCUGGGAAUCUAAUUUCAGCAAGUCUUAUUAUAUGAAGCAAGUACACCAGCCCCGGCACCUCCACGAGUCGGCGCGUCUAUUUGGGCCCUCUAUCCUCGAGAUGUGCACACGUACGGAAUGGUAUGUUGUACCCAUGGUCUGGGGUCCUAUCACGGCGUACCUCGCCCUUCGUUCGCUCUUCCAAUUCACGGGACCCCUACCCAACUUCUUCGAAAAUCCUGCGCUGCCGAUGUCGUACAUUUCCUCGAUCCCCGCGGAGUCGGUCGCCAAGUUCAUUCCAUGCUUCCUCCUCGGAAACAUUAUCUGGACGCUCCUGGAAUACCUCCUCCACCGCUUCUUGUUCCAUAUUGAUGAGCUGCUUCCAGACCGGCCUGUGUUCAUCGUCCUUCAUUUCCUGAUGCAUGGAAUUCAUCAUUACUUGCCCAUGGAUCGCCUGAGACUUGUGAUGCCCCCACCGCUCUUUUUCACUCUGCAAACUCCGUUCACUCAGCUCGCCUAUGUCCUUUUCCCGGUGGCUGUCGCGAAUGGCAUUAUCGCAGGGGCUUUCACAUUUUACAUUGGAUAUGAUUGCAUGCACUAUGCUCUUCAUCACACCAAGCUUCCGCAAUACAUGAGAGAAAUGAAGAAGUACCAUCUUGCCCAUCAUUACAAGAACUUUGACCUUGGGUACGGUGUUACCAGCAAAAUCUGGGAUGUCGUUUUCAACACUGUUCUCCCUGUCUAA